AUGGCCAUGGAGUGCUACAUAGGCUUCCUGGUGCUACUGGUGGCGGCGCUGCUCUUCGGCUUUCUGUCCGUCGUCUUCACCCUCAUCUGGGUCCUCCACUACCGGGAGGGGCUCGGCUGGGACGGGACUGCGCUAGAGUUCAACUGGCACCCAGUGUUCCUGGUCACCGGCUUCAUCUUCAUCCAGGGCAUCGCCAUCAUCGUAUACAGACUGCCAUGGACCUGGAAAUGCAGCAAGUUCCUGAUGAAAUUAAUUCAUGCAAGCUUAAACGCCAUUGCUGCCAUUCUUGCAAUUACUGCUGUGGUGGCAGCUUUUGAUUUCCACAAUACCAUGAAAAUCCCUAAUAUGUACAGUCUGCACAGCUGGGUUGGACUGGCGGUCAUCAUACUUUACGUCUUACAGCUUCUUCUAGGUUUCUUCGUUUUUUUGCUUCCUUUUGCACCACUUUCUCUCCGAGCCUUUCUGAUGCCCAUACAUGUUUAUUCUGGACUUAUCUUAUUUGGAACAGUGAUUGCAACAGCACUUAUGGGAUUUACAGAAAAGCUGCUUUUUUCCCUGAACAAUCCUCCAUACAGUUCGUUUCCACCCGAAGGGGUUUUCACAAAUACCCUGGGUCUUCUGAUUCUGGUGUUUGGAGCCCUCAUUUUUUGGAUCGUCACAAGACCACAAUGGAAACGUCCUCCAGAAUCAACUCCUAUCCUUUUUCAGCCGAAUGGAGAUGCUGCAGAGAAAGUGGAUGUCUCCACAGCCAUAAGCGUGAGCCACAACAUGGACAAGUCAGAUUCAGAGUUAAACAGCGAAGCAGCUGCAAGGAAAAGAAACUUUGCCCUCGAUGAUGCUGGACAGAGAUCCACCAUGUAA